AACAUUUCAAUGGAGAAGCCACAGUGUCUUGUAAACCUGUAGAACCAGACGUUCACGUCUCGAUUAUUAGAACAAUAGCGAAAGGUAUGACGGAAAUAUUCUCAACUUUAUUUGGUCAAAAUGAAACUCCGGGCCCACCCGGUUCGUCGUCCCUGGGAUUCGGAGGCGGGAAACCUCCGCCGCCUCUGCCGCAAAAUCAAGUCUCUGUGGCUGGGCAGAUCCCAGCACAGCUCGGGGAUGAGGGCCCUCCUCUGCGAAAGUCCGGAGCCAUGAAUGAACCCUUUUACUUACUGCGAGAACUACCUGUUGGGAACGAGUUGACUGGGAAUACCAACCUCAUCACGCAUUACAACCUGGAGCAUGCUUACAACAAGUUUUGUGGGAAGAAGGUGAAGGAGAAGCUCAGCAACUUUCUACCAGAGUUACCAGGUAUGAUCGACUGUCCCGGGAAUCAAGAUGGGAGCUCACUGCGAUCCCUCAUUGAUAAACCACCAGUGUCUGGAAACUCCUUCAGUCCACUCACCGGCACUUUGCUAACAGGCUUCAGACUACAUACAGGGCCGCUCCCAGAACAGUACCGACUGAUGCACAUACAGCCGCCAAAGAAGAAAAGCAAGCACAAACACAAACACCAUCGCCCGCAGGACCCAUUACCACAAGCGGAAACGCCGUCAGACACCGACCCCAAGAAGAAGAAGAAAAAGAGGGAUGACGAUCCUGAUCGCAAGAAGAAAAAGAAAGACAAGAAAAAGAAGAAGAACCGCCACAGCCCUGAUCACACUGGCCUGGCCGGCUCACAGCCCAACAGCCUCAGAUAGGCCCGAGCCCACGUGUAUGCCUUCAAGUGACUAUGUGUGUGAGUGUUGCACAGAUACCUGUAUUAUUCAAAGUAUGCUGAUGGCAAGCUGUUGUGAUCUGUGUCCCUCGUUGACUUUUCUGUAAUAAUGUUUCACCCUAUUUCCAACACAAAUGAACUUUUGUUACAAUCUUUAAUGCUCACUUCAACAUACGCCUCAUAGCUUAAUUUCUCAGCAAUACGACCAGGCAUGUACAAUCAAGCCCGAAAUUAUUCAAACCUAGGCUGAAUAAAAAAUCCUUUUAGCUCAAAAUUUGGCGAGGUUUGAAUAGUUUUGGGCUUAAUUGUGCAUAUAAGGACAUUGAGCCACUUUGCUGUGAAUUUAUAGGCUAAAGUGUUUUGGAGCAAUUGUAAAUAAAACUUAUUUUAGACAGUU